CUAGUGGUGCUAGCUUACGGGAUCAUUCUCACCUAGGGGCCUGAGGAGAUAAGGUUUAGCCAUGGCGUCCUUAAUCAGAAAGGUGAUCAGCACCUCGAGAGCUCCAGCGGCCAUUGGUCCCUACAGUCAGGCUGUGCUGGUGGACAGGACCAUUUACGUCUCGGGACAGCUGGGCAUGGACCCUUCCAGCGGGCAGCUUGUGCCGGGAGGGGUGGCGGCAGAGGCUAAGCAGGCUCUCACAAACAUGGGUGAAAUUCUGAAAGCUGCAGGCUGUGACUUCACUAAUGUGGUAAAAACAACUGUUUUGCUGGCUGACAUAAAUGACUUCAAUACUGUCAAUGAGAUCUACAAACAGUACUUCAAGAAUAAUUUUCCUGCAAGAGCUGCUUACCAGGUUGCUGCUUUGCCCAAGGGAGGCCGUGUUGAGAUCGAAGCCAUCGCUGUCCAGGGCCCUCUCACAACAGCUUCACUCUAAGUGGGCCGAGUGCUGUUUAGUCUGGAGUUUUCAUAAUGUUUUUGAAUUAAUGUCUUAAUUUUUAUAGUGGACAUUGGGAAGUAUACGACUGACUAAAAUAGCUGAAGGAUUAUGGAAAUAUAAUAUAAUAAGGGGAAUGGAACAUGAAUUGCAAAUGAGACGAAUCCAGUUACCGAUACUGUAAGUUUCAUUUAUGCACUCAGAUGACUGGAUGUGAGGAAGAAAGAGUAUACCUACUUCAAUUAAGUCCUUUUUAAUCUAAUGUUGUGAAAUAUUUCAUUCUCAUGUCAGACAUAUGAUUCUGCUUUCACUUGAGUAAAAAAGAUUUAAGUUUGAAUGGCAGAGGUAAAGGAAAAGAAAGUGGACCAAAAUUUUAUAUAACAUUUUUCUAAUGGCAAUAAAAUAGACAUGCAGAUUUUCCUUGGUGUGAUUCUGUCCACUUAUUUUUAAUGGUUUAAUUUCUACACUAGAGCACAUUACCUAAUUAAAGAUGGGGGACCAUGGAGAGACCAUAAAACGCCACGUAUUUUUUUCUCAAAACUUGUUUCUGACUUCCAUCUUUACACUGUUGUAAUCUGUGUAAAUAUUUUGUGUUUGUUCUUAAAGUCUUUUAACAUUUUUAGACAACUACUACAUGAUUACCUCCAUGUUGUAGACUAAAUUUGAGCACAAAGAUUAUAUAGAUUGAGAAGUAAAAGUCUCUUUCAGUCACUCUCCAUUCCACUUACCUCCCCAAAGAGAACCUCUGCUAAGACUUUCGAACGUGACCAGCCGGUGGUUUUCUGCGUGUACAUGCCUGAUCAUCGAAGUGCGGCUGUGGCUGGUUCACACAAAUGGGGCUCCACUGUGCACACAGGUUUACAGUUGUUCACAUGGAAAGUAAUACAAUGAUUAAUAACACAAGAAUAAACUGUGUUUUGCACACCCCCAACUGUAAACCCACUUUUGUGCCCCACCCUGCAUUGUUCUAUAUAUACUCUCUUCUGUAUGGAAAGUAAUACAAUGAUUAAUAACACAAGAAUAAACUGUGUUUUGCAC